AGACCACAUCUCUCAGAGACCUGAAGAAGAGGAAUCUGAAACAGAGGCUCAUCAGAGAACAUCUUCUCACAGGUCAUCCAGAUAACCUCCAUCAGCUCUCUGUCAGCUGACUGCUCUCCUCCAGCAUGCUCCUCGUCCUGGUCUACAUGGCUACACUCAGCCAAGUGUCUGUAUAUGGCAGGGAAACUUUUCAAAAUAAUGUGAUCGCUUCCCAUCCUGGAUGUCCCAUCAAGUUUCAUGGAACCACUUACAACACAUCAUAUGUGGACUUCACAAGCACUGAAGUGGCAGUUUGUUUCAAAGGCCGUUACAACAUUACAAAAGAGAAUGACUGUUGGGUGGGACCACGGGGGUCAAUUGCUGAAGGAAAUUGGGCUGAAACACAUUCAAGGAAAGACCCUGGAUCAAAUUAUCAUCAAGGUGUGCCUGAUCUCAUUGGUUCAUCAACCUGCAACCCUAAUUUCUAUUUCAGAGAUAGUAGUUCCACAAUCUUGGUGAUCGCUUUUCGUGACUUUGGCAAACAAUCUAUUGGCUACUUUCAAAAUGGAAAAAGUUCAAGCACGACUUUAAUCGAGGUGAUUGAUGGUGUUUCACAGGUUUACGUGAUGCCCCGCAUGAUAAGCUAUAGAAACAUUGGAGCAUGCAGACAGUCAGGUGCUCUAUAUAAGCUUAACACCACGACUUGUCAUUCAAAUGGCUCCAGUGUAACCUGUAGUACUUUCUCCGAAGUCACUGUUAACCCCUGUGGAGGAAUGUGCAAUGUUAGGUGCCCAGAACCCCAGACUUGCACUGUGACUGGCUCAACUGUCAUCAGUUUCUUUGGCAAUGCUACCUCCAUCCCAGAUCGCUGUGCUUACACUCUGAUAUCACAUUCGGGUGUGCAGCUGCUCGCUGUUUUCAAGGACCGCCGCCGUAAAGAUGUUAAUCUUUUGGACCAUGUGAUACUGCAAAUGGAUAGUCCGAGUGUCAACAUUAACCUGGGACAAGGCGGUAGAGUUCAGCUGAACAACACAACACUGAGCCUCAGCAGCUCGCCUCUGUCUCGUCACGGUGUGGAGGUCUACAAGGACCAAACUGGAGUCACGGCCAAGUUCACCCUCUCCAACUACUCCACCUCUGUCUUCUUUGAUGGCUACACUGUACAGAUCCACUUGCCAGAUACAGCCAACAUGACGGGUUUAUGUGGUAACUCCAGCAGGCCUUUGAGUGAAGUGAGGACUGAGUUCAGCUCCAGAAGCUGUAAGAUGAAUUACUCUGAACCUGCUGACAGAACCAUCAACUGCACGAGAAUGACUGAACGCUGUAACCUCAUAAGGGAGGCGCCCUUCACCACCUGCCACAACCACAUCGACCCAGAGCCCUUCAUCACUGCCUGCACCAACACCCUGUGCAAAUAUCCGGUGGUAGAUGGUUUAAGUCAGUGCAGGUUCUUGGAGGCUUAUGUCAGAGCCUGCAAAUUCAAGACCAAUGACACACUGGAGGGCUGGAGGUCAAAGGCCGGCUGCUCCACACUCCAAGCCUUCUGUCAGGACACCCUCUGCAGUGCCCAUGAGUUCUGUGCUGAGAACAUCAGUGGUGGAACCAGUUGCUUCUGUCGGGCCAUUUUCGCCUCUAAAUACAGAUCAACAGGUGCUUUAGGCGAGCCAACGGUCUGCGAUCAGAACUCUGCUUCAGUCUCCCUGGUUGGUUGUCUCCUGAAGGAAAAAGGCAUUGACUACUCUGAGUUACACCUUAACAACCAGAGCUGCAGAGGUCAGAUGGACAAUGUGACCCAAAUGGUGACCUUCAAAUUCAACGCUAGCAACCCGUGUGGGACGGUGGUCACGGCCAAGAACAGGAAUAUUAUUUACAAGAACUCCAUCAUGGCACAAAACAGCACCAACAUCAUCACUCGCCAUGACCAAGUCAAUAUCGACUUCUCCUGUUUCUACAACCAGCCGGAUAUCAAGAGCGUGGCUUUCAGAAUCAUAGACAGCUGUUCCAACCCCACUGACAAGACAGUGAAGAUGGUGGACAACGGACUGGGAACAUCCAACUACUUUUCUUUUAACUUGUUUGAGUUCUCUGGGAAGAGCAGUGACGUCUACCUGCACUGCAAAGUGAAGCUGUGUGUAAAGAAGGGCAACACCUGCACCCAGAGCUGUGGAGUUAAGAGACGACGCAGAUCUGUCAGGUCUAGAUAUGAAGACGGAAACCCAGCCUUCAUCACCAUGGCUUGGACUAAAUAGGUUGUUUCCAUGGCGACUCGGACUGACUGAAAUGCUGUUGACCUCCUAAGUGACUCCAGGCUCCUGAUCAAGAGCCUGGAUGUCUGAAUCCCUUUGGUUUUAGAUUCAACGUCUCCUGAAAAGAUGAGCUCAGUUAUGUUUGCUGUGACACUAUCCAUACUUACAAACAGUUGUGUGUGGACCAAUUCAGUCCAGUGUGGUGUUUGUGAAGUUGAUUGAUCAAGCUAGGAGCAUCAAAUAACCUAAUGAAACAACAGGUCACAUGAGGUGUCAGUAGGUGAAGCUUCAUCAGAACAUUGAUACAAAGCCAAGCUGAUCUUUGAUGGAGCGUCUAUCAGCUCCAUGUGUUGCUAGUCCUGGAGAGACUGACUUAAAACAUAUUAUAACAUGGUGAAGGGAAAUUUACUAUAACCAAUUUAUUUAAUCUAUAUUACACACACACUCGUAGAAGACAACCAUUAACAUCACAAUAUUUGGACAAAGGACUGUUAACAGUGUAAAAUGAACACUGGGUCAUCUGGUUGCUGAACAGUGGGAAGUUCUGUCAGCAUCCUGAAUUUUAACUCACACUGCAAGUAUCAGCAAUGUAUCAAAAGUAUCAGCAGUAAAAGUACUUCACAUAGUUACAGUUCCACAUUAACGGUACUUAAUAUGGUUACACUACCCAAGUAGCAGUACUUCAUGCACUUAGUGACAGUGACACAAUAGCAGUACUUCCACAGUACUUCAUUGUGUAGUAAAGUGUCCUGUGACUAAUCUCUGAUCAGAUCAUUGAUCCAGAAUUGCUAAUGUAGCUGCUUUUAACUACUUGGAUAGUUCAGUUCACUGGUUGCCAACUUAAAUCACAUAUAACCUGAUCACUCACAUAGACUGAGCGUGUGUAUAUGCCAGUGUAAACAGAAAGCAUUUGUUUGCUUGUUGCAGAAAGAGCGAGGCUACAAUCAAUGGCAAAAAGUAAUUUCCAUCAUUAUUAAGUAUAGACUUUAAUUGCACAACAGCUGUUAGCAAAGAGAACAUGGUCAACAACACUUGUAAUUGAUUAUACAUGUUGUAUUGUACACUGGUAGCUGAGGCCAAUAUUGGUUAUUUUCUUCUGGAAGCGGGUCAUGUGAUAGGAGACUGACAAAUCUGCAAAGGCUAUGUGCAGACUUAAACACUGCCCCAGAGUUUUCAAACUGAAAUGGGACCAUCAGCAUUUCCAAACUUCUUUGAGAAGCUCUAAAACUCUGGACUAUUGGGACGGCUGACAUAUCUGUUGCAGAGUUGAUGUGUUUUCAAUUGAAAUGUGGCCUUAACUUGUGCCUGUAACAGCAUCAGUUGGUGCUCAGUUGCAGGCAUCAUCUAAUGAUGAAAAUAUAUAAAAUGAGUUUGUGAGGGAAAAAAGGAAAUCGUGCCAGGGUGGAGGGUUCGUGGGGAAUAUUCUCAUUUACAUAUUGACAUAGAUUUGGUCGAUGUACAACAAGUGAUACAAUGAUGAGUGUAACUUUAACUCUAUCCAAACUCUUGUCGCUAUUAUUGUGUUUUUGUUUGUUGAAGAACCUAAAAAAAAUCAUAAAUAAAGGGAAUGUGGG